UCCGGAUGUCUUAUGAGCUCUCUGAGACAGCUUGCUUUGCCAUACUCUUUAACAGCAGCUUAUGGAGCUCUGACAUAUCCAGCAGCGCCAUUACUCUUCACUGCGUGGUCCCCUGGGAAUAACUGGAAGAGAAUUUCUUUCUGCAGGCGGGGCUUAAACUUUGGGGACUUUGUUCGAAAAACUACAUCCAUCAGUGUCUUUUUUUUCUCACUGUGGAGGCAGUGGUCGCCGGUUGUCUGGGAUCUGAACUUUCAGGACGCAAACCUGCGGCGCACGAAACAUAUCUGCACCCAGCCGCCGUGAUGGGCCUGCUAAAGUUUACGUGUGCGAUAAUCGUUAGAGCCUUAUUUAUCCUCGUCUCCCUUGCGGGGGUCUGGAGGGUGACAUGGGUGAAGAGCGAUCACUACUGGUUCCUGACGUUCCUCUUUCUGCCGCUCGUCGUCGAAAUGAUAAUAACUCUGAAGCGUCGAAAGGGCAAAGAUUACAAAUGGUUUUCUCCUCCCAUCUUUCUGUUUCUCAUCAGUAUCAUUCCCUCCAUCUGGCUCCUGGAGCUCCACUACCAGCAGAACAAAACCAGCGACCUUCAGUGCAAAAAACUUGACUCUUGGGAGAAUUUGCUUAGAAUGAUCACUCUGAAUGAGACCUUGGGAAACGUCACGCACCAGGACUAUGUGCAGAAUAUUAAACAUCUGUUAUCAGCUGUCUGUUCCAACGAUUGGAUCCUGGCUCUUCAUCAGGUCCUACUCAUCCUCCUCAUCGUGGGGAAGUGGCUGCUCCCCCUGGGAGGCGGAGUCACCCGGGACGAGCUCUCGCAGCUUCUCCUAAUUUUCGUUGGCACGGCGGCAGACAUACUUGAAUUUACCAGUGAGACGCUGUCAGAUGUCAAAGACAGUCCUCAGCUGGUCUACAUCAUCUUAGCCGUAUGGACUUGGAGCAUGUUGCAGUUCCCGCUGCAUCUGGCUGUGGUCACCUCCAAGUCAAGCAGUGAAGGUGAGCAGGGUAUCCAGGACACUUCCCUCUUAGCUAAACACAGCACGGACAUAUGGAGCAUCGUGGAGGCCUUGUUCAUCCAGGAUGGGCCUUUUCUGGUGGUCAGGCUCAUUGUCAUGACGUACUUCUAUGUAUUCCACCAGAUGUUGGUUUUCUUCACCAUCAAGAACUUCCUGGUUGUCAUACUGAACUUGUACAGGUUGGCUGUUAUAUGCCAGGACUUCAGACCUUCCCGUAGUAGCACCGGCAGUGACACCACUGUCCCAUGAGUUGGAUGAGUCAGCUCAGGAAGAAGAAGACGGGACACGGAGAGAUGCAAUACCCAACAUUUUACAGUUAUAGUAGACUGGGAAAAAAGCCAACUGGAACAGGAAAAGAAGAAAAUGCUUGCUUUCUGUUUUCUUCUCAUAAUGUAUGCAACUCUGAGGGAUCAGUUAGGUGUGAAUAGUUAAUACUGUUGGGAGCAGAAAAACGCAAGCAACCAUUUUCUUACACUUGCAAGCUGAAGUUGUCAAGUUCACAUCCCCCACUUGGCUGCUUAGCAUCCGACUCAUUUCAAAGCUCAUACUUCAUCUCGUUGACAUUUCAGUCCCUCUGAACCUCAGGCCAACACUGUUAAAACACCCCCGUUUUCUCACUACUUAAAUAUGACUAUGUGUGCAUGAACAAGCUGGGCUAAAACCUGGUUUUAGUCAUAUUCAAAGAGUCCUUACUGAGUGUAGCUGCUUUGACAGAAUAACUGAUGUGACAUUAACAAGAAACGGCAGGCAGGGGGCUCAGAGGAAAAGAAGGAAGCUGAGCAGAACAGGAAAAAUGUGUUGGGGUCCAAGUGAAAAAUAUCCUGAUAUGAUCACAUUUAAAGUGGUAGAGCACAUAAUUAAACCUGUGGGCACAAUACAGUGCAUGAAAGUUUUCCCAAAGCACAACAAUCUCCUUAUCAGUGCAGCACCUUCAGUGCCUGAAGCCAGGCUACUGCUUGGAAAAGGACUGGACGUAUCUGACAGUGUCAUGUCUGGUGUUUUCAGGAGGAAGAGAGAGAGAUAUACUCAAUAAGACAAAGGCCCUUGAGUGUUGACAGUGGCUGAGAUUGAAGAAGAACAAUUUUCUUGGUCUUGACCUAGGCAGGAAGUUAAACUGUGACUGUGAAAAUAUCCUAUCCUGUGUUAGUUGGCUGUUUGAGGAAACCACUAUAUCAACACUGGAGAAUGAUUUUUUUUCGGUGAAAGUGAAGGAAUUUUUUUUUCUUUUUUUUUUUUAUGGGCAGGAAACCAGGAAUAUAAGUAGGAAAAUGUUAUCUUUCUAAGCCUUGACUGAUGUUAUUUUGUACCUCUUGGAUAAUUGCCCUUAAAAAAAACAAAACAAAAAAAAAAACCAACAUGAUUCACAGGUCAAAGAGUCAUUGUAUUUGAUAUAUUCAGUCUAUCUGUACUGUUACCCUUGGCCAACGUUGACUGACGAUUGUAACUACCAAAGAAUCAGUAUUAUGACUACCUGAUUAAUGUGAAGAUGUUUAUAAGAUAACCACAGCACAAACUGUGCAUUUUAACUUGUUUAUUGUUUUUGUCAUGUUUUUACUCCAAAUAUCCCCAAAAAUAGCACUUCAUCCAGGGCUGCCAAAAUCUGUUUUCUUCCACAUCAUACAGUCAUUGUUAUAUGUUAAUGUGACUUGGCUUGACAUAGCCCAAAUACAACAAGCUAAUCCACUGUAAGUGUUUUAUAUUUAGGUCUGUUUCACAUUAUUUGAAACAUUUGUCCUUAGAAUAUUAGUUUUGCACAAGCAGUGACUUCAGGUUGGAAGUCAUUACUUUAAGAUUAGGUGUUCUGUGGCAUACUUGUUGUAAUCUCAUCUCAAGAAAUGAUGUGAGGAGGUUGAACUGCUCUCCUGACACCUUAAAUAAA